UCGUACAGUACAUGCCGUCCAGAAUACUUCAAAUAUAUACGAAAAUCAUUCAUAUUUCAUAGUAGCUCACGCAAAAAUGGCGAGCAUGCAACGCCACUCUUUUCCCUUCUACAAAUAAUUAUUAAACUUCGCAAAUAUCAGAAUCUGAAGGGCCAGCGUCACAUAAAAGCUAGUUUUCGUGGUUCAGGCUUUCAGGAGACGGAGAAAGACCCCAGCUUUACUGUAACUUUCUUAGUUUCUCAGCGAUCUUCAAAAUCCCGCGAUGGUUGCACAGGAAUUCACUGUGGAUUUGAAUAAACCGCUUGUCUUCCAGGUCGGCCAUCUUGGAGACACUUAUCAGGAGUGGGUUCACCAACCUAUUGCUAGCAGAGAAGGUCCUCGAUUCUUUGAAAGCGACUUUUGGGAGUUCCUCACCCUCACAGUUUGGUGGGUAAUCCCGCUUGUUUGGCUCCCAGUUGUAUGCUUCUGCGUUUCAAAGUCGAUUCGGAUGGGUCACACUGUUCCUGAGGUGGCACUGAUGGUAGUAUUUGGCAUUUUCAUUUGGACACUGCUAGAAUACACUCUUCACCGCUUUCUUUUCCACAUUAAGACAAAGAGCUAUUGGGGGAACACUAUGCAUUAUCUUCUUCAUGGUUGUCAUCACAAGCAUCCUAUGGAUGGGCUUCGCCUCGUUUUCCCUCCUGCAGCAACUGCUAUUCUCUGUGUGCCGUUUUGGAACAUAAUAGCACUCAUGGCUACUCCUUCCACCACUCCCGCUUUGUUUGGAGGAGGUUUGCUGGGUUACGUCAUGUAUGAUGUGACCCAUUACUACUUGCACCAUGGACAACCAACAAGCAAGGUUCCUAAAGGUCUCAAGAAAUAUCACCUGAACCACCAUUUUCGCAUCCAGAACAAAGGCUUCGGCAUCACUUCUGCGUUGUGGGAUAGAGUGUUCGGAACACUUCCUCCAUCAAUGUCAGCCAAGAAGAGUAGGUAAUUAAGUAAUUUGAUCCAUCCCAGGUUAAGAAUUGGUAAAUUAUUAUAGAAUUCAAAAUUGUGUUCCCCAACCCACAUUCUUCCACUACUGUAACUUGGUACCAGUGUUGUUCUAGGCAGUGGCUUCAGAGUGCAAGAAUUUGUGUACUGUACUGUACUGUAUCUAUUACUCCACUUCAUUAAUUGUUUGCCCACAUCGUACUAAAGUUAAGUUACCAUAAUGUCGUGCAA